UUUGAUUCCGCCGGUCUGUGUGACAUAACUUGGGAGAUAACGAGAAGCCUGCCGUUUAUCUCAAAACUCGUAUAUUUUUCUUUAAGGAAGAGAUAGGCCUACGAACAACGUUGCUACAACGUUCUUUGCAAAUACGCAAUUAGAUUAUUCAAGAGCAGCCCGACCAGUCUUCUUGUUUUGCAUGAGGAUAACGAGACGUUUUCCGUCGCACGCUAUGAUUGUAGAUCACUUUUAACGAAAAACGUGAGCGUAUUUGUAUUAAUCGAAAACAAAAUCCAAGGGAAAAUAAACGAUUUCUUGGAUACCUCUACGUCUUUUAUCUUCAAUGUUGCGAUUAAACUAUUUUGUUUUGUUUUUGACAUAGCUUCUUUGUCAAUAGAUAGUUGUUGUUUUUUAUCGUAGAGUAGGCCUAAACACUUGAUAUAAUGUUUGACUAUAUGGAUUUUCUGGCAGUCGGCCCGGGAGAAAAUCUGGAUUUUUAUACCAGUCCGUGUUAUCAGCCAAAUGAGGAGCAGUCUUUUGCAAAUUGCUUCGUCGAUUUCACGGGACCCGACUGGCAAGUGCAUCGGACUUGUUCCACGGAAUUUUCUCUCAGUCAGUCUUAUGAAGAGCAGGAGAGCUCGUACCAUGGUGAGAGCCAGAGCUCCAGCUCCAGCUCGGACGACGUGCUCACUAGCCCCGCCUCUCCUCUGGCCCCGCCCCCUCGCACCUACAAGCCCUGCUUCGUGUGCCAGGACACGUCAUCCGGCUACCAUUACGGCGUCAGUGCCUGUGAGGGCUGCAAGGGCUUCUUUCGACGUAGCGUCCAGAAGAACAUGGCAUACAAGUGUCACAAGGACAGGAAGUGUAUGGUCAACAAGAUCACCAGGAACCGCUGUCAGUACUGUCGGCUGCACAAGUGCUUCGCUGUGGGCAUGUCAAGGGAAUCGGUGAGGAAUGACCGCAACAAGAAGAAGGAGCGCACGGCGGCAGUGAAGAUGGCGGUGCUGGAGACCUACGAGCUGAGCACAGAGCUGGGCCUGGUGGUGGAGAAGAUCUGCCGGGCCCACAGGGACACCUUCCCCGCCCUCGGCCAGCUGGGAAAGUACACCAUGCAUUCGAGCUCCGACCACAGGGUCCGGCUGGACCUUGGGCUCUGGGAUAAGUUCAGCGAACUGGCCACCAAGUGCAUCAUUAAGGUGGUGGAGUUCGCCAAGCGAGUGCCAGGCUUCACAGGCCUGACCAUGGCCGACCAGAUCACUUUGCUGAAAACUGCCUGCCUUGACAUCCUGAUCCUGAGGAUCUGCACGCGCUACACUCCGGACCAGGACACCAUGACCUUCUCCGACGGCCUCACCCUCACCCGGACUCAGGUCCACAACGCUGGCUUCGGUCCGCUUACCGACCAGGUGUUCACGUUUGCCGGCCAGCUGCUGCCCCUGGAGAUGGACGAGACGGAGAGCGGGCUCCUCAGCGCCAUCUGCCUGGUGUCCGGAGACCGCCAGGACCUGGAGGAGCCCUCCAAGGUGGAGGUGCUGCAGGAGCCCCUGCUGGAGGCCCUGAAGGUCUAUUCCCGCCAGCGCCGGCCCAGCAUGCCCCUGGUGUUCCCCAAGGCCCUCAUGAAGAUCGCCGAUCUGCGCUGCAUCAGUGCCAAAGGUGCAGAGCGUGUAGUCUCAUUGAAGACGGAGAUCCCCAUCUCAAUGCCCCCGCUGAUCCAGGAGAUGUUGGAGGACCUGAAGGACCUGGAGAAGCCCAAGAGGAAGUCCUCCUCUGGAGAGGGGAACCCCAAGAGGAUCCUGUUUGGAGAGGAUUACGCCAAGGCGAGCCCGCCUGGAGAGGAUUAUGCCAAGGGGAACCCUUCUGGAGAGGGGAACCCCAAGAGGAAUCUGUCUGGAGAGGGGAAACCCAAGAGGAACCUGUUUGGAGCGGGGAACAUGUCUGGAGAGGGGAACCCUUCUGGAGCAGAGUAUCCCAAGAAGAACCUGUCUGGAGCGGAGUACCCCAAAGGGAACCCUUCUGGAGGGGAGUACCCCAAGAGGAACCUGUCUGGAGCGGAGAACCGCUGGAGUGGAGUGCCACACAUCGGCUCUGUCCCACAGCCCAUGUGUUUCUUCACUCAACCUCUAGACUCCUGCUUCUAUGUCUGAAGGCAGCGUACUAUUAACAGAUGCCAUGACUGGUAUACACUCUUGGAGAGGCCUGGGGAAUAUUGUACUAUGGGCCAAUGCAGAUGCCUGCCACCACCUUCACACACUUUUCCCUCCCCUUGCCUGCUGUGGUUGAAUUUAACACUCAUUUUAAUAUGUAAUGUGUGGAAUGGCAAUAUACAGGCUCAAUAUAAAUUGAAAGCUCCACUUGGCAGGGUGUAUAAACAUAUAACCUCAGACAUAUUAAAGCUGAGCACAAAGUAGUCAAUGCAUAAUGAGCUUUCAGCAUAGCAAAGGGUGCUAGGGUGGGAAUCGGAAUGAAGCCAUCCAACUACAGAGUUCUUUAAUUCAUUAAGCUUGGAUCACAGUUUAGAAACAAAGAAAUGCCCGUCUUUAGAUCACGUCAGUUCUAAAAUGUGAAACGAACCUGGGCUGUGUGCAACGCCAAGGCUAGCCUCAGCGCAAGGUUGGACGUCUCAACUCUAUAGGAUGACAUUGGUACGAUGAGGCUGAAAGCUCAUCAUGUGUAGGUUCCUUAAGGGCGUGUCAUGAGUGGAUGGCAUGAGGGGAUAUAUUCUUAGACAUAUCUGCCCUUCAUCAGAUUACCACUGCAAUAAUUAACAGCAUUGCCCCUGUGGGCAUACGGGUGCCGGGGCCUCUUUUCUAGGUUUGAAAAGCCAGUGAGGAUUGGAAAUCCAAGAGGGAUAUCACAGACAAGAAGAGGAAAGACGGUCGUCUUUUGAACAGUGUAAAACCCUUAUAGUCAGUCAGUGGCAGCCCAUGAUUGAUAGUUUGUGUUCUACAUCAUAUAUAUAUCACAAUUCCCUUCAUACCUCAUUGAAUAACCGUACCUCUAUUAUUAGGAUAUAAUACAUUUUAUGUAUGUUAGAGGAACCAUGAACGACCAGACGUUGCUGAUUUCGAUUUUUCUGGCUAUUGAAAUCUGUAAAAUCAGAAACCGAAUCCAGGCUGGUGGUUGGGUUAUGGUUUCAAACAGGAACUAAAUGGUUUGUGUGAAGAGGCUGGCAGAUGUCAUCCAUUUUGUUUGUACAAAAGGGAAAUUAAAAACCUUGAAAAGUUACACAUGCACUGAUAAAAGUUGUAAUACACAGCUAAUGUGUAUACCCUAUGACAGAGAAUUUAAAAAAGAACAGACUGAUGACUAACUUAUGUUAUGACUAACAGAGAGAACUCAUAACUGAGGAGAUCUCUGUAUUUUGAUGGGUACAUUAAAGUUGUUUACAUGAAAUUGGUUGGAUAGGUGGAGAGUUCCUCCGUCAAGGAACUCUGUCAUCGUUUUUCUAAGUGGUAAAGACUGGAGACUGGAAAAGUUUGUUUUAUUUUGCCGUUAAGAUUUGAGAUCAGAGGAAUAUGUGGAGACAUGUUUACAAAUGUUUUGAGCUUCACUUUCUAAAGACUUGACACAUGAAGAUACCACAUAACUGAAGUUAUUAAUGUCUUUACAAAUCUAACAUGUCUGUUUCCAAUGUCUAUGAUUACAUGUUAUAUCUUAGAACAAAUUGUAUCAAAUUACAUUUUAUAUCAUAAUACAUGUUUCCAUCUAUGAUUUAGUUCAAGUAAAUAAUAAAGUUUUAUAACAUUUAA